AUAUAUAGAACGCCGUCUUUACAGCUAAUAAAAGGUUUUCGCGUUAAGGAGUUAAUGAAGUUCAAUUAUUUUGUAAAAAUAUGAUUACAUUUUUGUUGUUUUGAACAUUGAGAUAAUGAAGUUUAGCGACUAAGACCGCAUAAACUCCUUGGCAUAUACACAAAGCGCGCGCAGGGUUGCAUUGUGGCGCCUGUCGUCGCCUCCUCAGUCGCACACACACACCAACACACACGCAACGCGAGAGAAAGUACCGAGCCGUUUCUGGAAAAUACAAUUCCGCCAUAUUUACCGGCAAAAUUCAAAAUAUUUACACUGCCCGAGGUGAGCGGGAUUAAGGUGAUCAACCAAAUCGAAGAUUAAACCGCCGUUGGGCACCAGGAGUGUGGCGGGCGGAGCGAGCGGUACGCAUCAUUCGCCGUCUGCCGCCGCCGCCGUCUCACAAUAAACGAUUGGCCUCACAAAGGGGUGGAGGAGACAGCCAGUCCAAUAUAACAAUACCGACUUAAACAACACGCUCGCACAUACAACACACACACACAAGGAAAAGCGCCCACAAAUACAAGCAAACAGAUACAGACACAGAGACAGGCCGACGGAGCAGCCGCGAUGACAAGUCAUCAUCAUCACGUCGGCGUCGGUGGGAACUUCCAGCCGCAGCUGCAUCAGCUCCGGGCGCCUAUUGUCAAGAACCUGUCGCUGGCGGCGGCUGCGGUACCUUUACCUCUGACCCCCGCCUCCUCGUCGACUUACUUUACGCACGUACACCCGUCAACAGCGACUGCUAUUGCUGAGCAAGAUCCGUACACAGUUUUGGCGGGAGAUCCUAUGGUCGAGGAGAAUGAGAGCUUCCUGAUUGAGGAGAUCAUUGACGACUAUGAUGAUGAGGCUAAUAUUGUUGUCGACACCGGAGAAUUCUUUGAGCAUUAUGAAUACUAUCCGGUAGAUCGGUUGGACAGGCUUACUUCGGUCACGGUGGCCACUGCCGAUGCACUGCCCCCACCUAUCAUCAUGCAGCAGACCAGCGACGACGAGGAGUACAUCGAGGAGGAUGGCGAUGGACAGCAUUUGACCUCUUCGUGCGACGGUGAUGGCGAUGAGGAGGUCGACCAGGACGAUGAGACUUCUGCGCCUGCCAUGACAAAUGCCUUCGAAAUCGCCUCCGAAAUGCUGACCACCAUCGAGGCCACCAACAUCAAGGAGGAACAGCUGGAAAGCGACUUUUAUAUGAAGGCCACUGAGGAUUCGAACAGUUCCAAUAACCAGCUGCAGGACUUUAAACUGUUCGGUAGCAGUCGAGUGGAAAGGCCAAUAGGAAAUUCAGCAGCCAAGCGCUGGAAGCAAACAAAGGUACCAAUACGCAUUACCCAGGACGAGUUCAAUGUAACCUUGUGGUCCUCGUUGAACUCAGAGGAUGAAGACGAAGAGGAGGAGUUGGAGGAGCCACCUGGAUCAAAUGCUACUACAUCCGUGACAUCCAACUCUGCCUCCCAGAAUGAAGGCUCCACCGGCAUGCCAAAGCUUAUUAUUGACGAGCACAUGAUCAACCAUGAUGUGCUGAGUGAUGGUAUCGGCAACGAAUACGUCAUCCUGCCCGAUCCAUUCAGUGCCUCCGCUGUGACGGACGUCGAAGAGGUGGUGAAUGCAUUUAUGGGAGAUGUUAAGGGCGAGGAAGACAGUCAACCGCUUAGUGAGCAGUUCAUUUAUGCGGACAACCAGCUGGAAGAGGCAUACGGCAACAUCGAGCUUAUUGAGAAUAUGCCGAACAAUGUGGAAUUGAUACAGACGCCGGGACCAACUCCUAUGCCGGUGGGAUUAACGAAGAUAAAUGGAGGUGUGGCUACUCCGCAAGCGGCCCUUCCAAAAUUAGUGUUGCAAAACAGUAGCACCAAUGUGCGGCUGAAAAGUGCGAGCAAUCAGACCAAGGUGACCAAGAGGCAACUCACGGCAGCGGGUCAGGUGGCGACACCCACUCCACCACCGCCACUGGUAGCUUCCAGUAAUCCACCCCGACCUCGACAAACAAUUGUGACCAAGUCACCGGCAGCGGUGCCCAAUCAAACGCUUGGGAAUCCAACGGGAUCAUCUGGUACAGCCGUUGAGGAAGAUGAGGAGCCCAAGUUUCGGUGCACUAAUCGCGGCUGCAACAAGGAGUUUCGCAAUCACUCUGCCAUGCGUAAACAUAUGCACACACACGGACCACGCGGCCAUGUGUGCAACGUCUGCGGCAAGAGCUUCGUGGAGAGCUCGAAGCUGAAGCGCCACCAGCUGGUGCACACAGGCGAGAAACCCUUCGAGUGCACCUUCGAAGGCUGCGGUAAGCGCUUCUCCCUGGACUUCAACCUGCGCACCCAUGUCCGGAUACAUACUGGCGAUCGACCCUACCACUGUCCCAUAGACGGUUGCUCCAAAUGCUUUGCCCAGUCAACAAACCUCAAGUCUCACAUGCUGACGCACACGAAGCCCAAAAGGAAGUGGCCCCGGGCGCCGCAGGUGAACAACAAUAAAACACCGUUGGUGGCCAGAUAUGGUCGCCUGGAGUUUGGCGAGGAUCCGCGUCUCGUAUACGUUGAGCAGAAUGAGGAGAUGGCGUCGGUGCUGCUGGAUGGCACGACCCCCACAUCCUAACUAGUAGUGCGCAUUAAUGUGUCGGAGGUAUUGGCUUGAGAUGAAUGAUAGCACUUUCUGCUCGAGAUGGCCAGAUUGUACAGUUAGUUGUAGCCAGUUUUUAUCUGUAUUCGUAAUCUAAUGAGCGGAGCGGCAGGAUAAGAUAAUCACGUGGUGAACACAUCUGCUUGCCUUCCGCUCUCUAAGUAAUUAGUCUAAGAUCUUUCUCUAACAAAAUAGGAUUGCAGUGCAAAGGAAGUUAGAUGGUAACCGUUGAUUUAUUUCAUGCAUGGAUGGAAAACGGAUAUAAAGCAGUUCUAAGAGUUUAACUUGUAGCUUAGACUAAGUCUGUCCCCCAAAACCGAAACGCGAGUCCCGAAGAACUCAGCCAAACUGCCCCUUAAACCUCCCUAAAAUUCGAUCUGAUCCUAGCCGUGUGCGAUCUACACUCGAAUAACAAAACGCGCACGUUUUUUUCUACGAAAACUAAAAAAUACGCAAAACUAGUUCUACCAUAUUCAGUACGCAUACACCAUAGGCUAUCUAUAUAUUUUUGUAAUGAAUUGUAACACUUAGAGCAUUGAAGUAUGGAUCUAGCAAGUUCAACGUCUGGUUGACGCUAACAAAUAAUUCACAAAUGGAAGCACAUCAGUUAAGUCGGAAUAAACAAGGGAAUACCUCUUCAAAAUUAAACAAAAAUAAACCAGGAAAACAAUGCAAAA